CGCAUUAGCAUUAUAUAAAGUCACACAAGCCCCCAAAAUCCCAUAGUCUGAACAAUGGCUUUCCUGUGGUUGGUGUCCUGCUUCGCCUUCAUUAGCGCUGCUUAUGGCUGUGGAACUCCCUCCGUUGCGCCAGUCGUGAGUGGCUAUGCCCGCAUUGUGAAUGGGGAGGAGGCCGUGCCCCAUUCCUGGCCCUGGCAGGUGUCUCUGCAGGACUACACUGGUUUCCACUUCUGUGGAGGAUCACUGAUCAGCGAGUACUGGGUUGUGACAGCUGCCCACUGCGGGGUCCGGACCAACCAUCGUGUCAUUGUGGGAGAGCAUGACAAGAGGAGCACCAUUGAAGCUAUUCAGACCAUGAAGGUGGAGAAGGUCUUCACUCACCCCGAGUGGAACCCCAGCACCAUCAACAAUGACAUUACCCUGAUCAAGCUGACCACCCCGGUCGACAUGAACAUCUACGUGUCCCCUGUGUGCUUGGCCGCCUCCUCCGACGUCUACAGCCCCGGCAUGACGUGUGUCACCUCUGGUUGGGGUCUGACGCGUCAUAAUGCUUUAUUCACUCCCAACAAGCUCCAGCAAACCGCCCUGCCCCUGCUGUCCAAUGAGGAGUGCAUGGCCUCCUGGGGGGACAAUAUCUCCGACGUCAUGAUCUGCGCUGGCGCUGACGGUGCUUCCUCUUGCAUGGGUGACUCUGGAGGCCCCCUGGUGUGCGAGAAGGAAGGCGCUUGGCACCUGGUGGGCAUUGUCUCCUGGGGCAGCAGCCGCUGCAGCACCACCACCCCCGCGGUCUACGCCCGGGUCACCGCCCUGCGCUCAUGGGUGGACCAGAUCCUGGCUGCCAACUGAGGAGCACCACCACAGCACUGCAUUGUACAGACAACUCACGAAAACAGUGUUAAUUCAACUCUAACAGUGUUAAUUCAACUCUAACAGUGUUAAUUCAACUCUAAAAGUGUUCAUUCAACUCUACAAUUGUUAAUUCAACUCAAUGUUAUCUAUUAAGUGUUGAAUUAACACUGUAAAUUUUCUUUGUAGCUGUGCAAGAUACUCAGAUAUGCAAAAUAACCAUUAAAUACAAUUAAUUGCAGUCCAUUGUCUGUAAAUCGCUGAGAAAAGUAACUCCACCGUGAGUGUACAUUGCUGCUUGACUUUUACCAUCAUGACCCUGGCAUAAAGUUAAUGAUUUGCAAGCAGCAGCAGGGGGAGCCAAUCUCCCACAAAACAUAAAAAGUGCCUGCAGGCAUUCACCCAGCUAAGCCUGUGUUUUUCUUAAGCCACAAGUCUGAGGUGAAAAAAGUAAUGCUUUUAUAAUAAUCUUAAAUAUUGACAUUUCAUUUAAAUAUAAAACAUGCAUCUGUCACAUUGUAUUUUUAAUUCUGCUUUGCGAAAAAGGCAGAAAAGGGAUCAGUAAUCUGGAAGUCAUCUGAUUAUUGUUUAUUUACACUGAUACAACACACAGAGCGUGGUUUAAUUGGAAUGUCAUGUCUUUGUUCACCAACCCCUUGAGCAGUCUUGCAGCUCUUUCUAAUGUAUAUCAUAUGAUUGAUAAUCAUAAGGUUGUUUGCCAUUUAAAUAAUAAUUAACAUAAGAAACAUUAGCCAUAUUAUGUGUACCAUGAAUGAAAAGGUACAAACAACAGUCCUGGUGAAAUUUCAAUAUGUUAGUAAAUAAUUCUGUUAGCA